AUGAUUAUACCAAACCUAUACGACUUCACGCUCACAACCAGCCUGAGAUCCCCCCCGAAAAGCCUCGUAACCAUGGGCAGAACCGUUGAUCAGGAAGUGCAUGCCGCUUUCGUCGAGUUUCGAGCGAAGGAAGAUGACAAAUGCCUUUCAGUUCAAUGUAUUUACUGCCAGCAAAUCCGCGCGAAGAAUACCUCGCGACAGAAACAACAUCUCCUUGAAUGCCCUGGCCUGCGCGGCCAUCCUAACGCGCCGCAACCGUCUCAGCCCACCCAGGCAGCGCCCAACGGAAUCGGACCUCCCAAUGGAUACCCCGGCACCCCGAAUGGCCCAACAGCCACCCCAUCAGGCCCAGCGGGCCCUGGUACAAUCGGAACCCCGAAUGGCACGCUGAUGACCAACGGUGUCAAUCCGCAUGCCACCCCAUUGCAAGCGCCGCUGCAGGCUCUCCAGAAUCGCGCCGCGAUGGCGACUCCCGUGCCGCCAACCGGUCCCCCCUCAGCACCACCGAGUGCCGCCCCGUCCCGCCCAACACCCAAACCCAAAUCCAAGAACUCGACCUCGAGUCUGCCCGCGCCUCCCCUCGACGACGUACAUGCUGCAUUCGUCGAAUUCCGCGCCAAAGAAGAAGAUAAGUGCUUGUCUGUACAAUGCAUCUACUGCCAACAAGUGCGCGCAAAGAAUACAAGUCGUCAGCGCCAACAUCUGCUCGAAUGUCCAACCUACUUGAGCGUGAUGAAAGAUUCGAUCCCCGCCAACAACCUGCUACACACGUUCCCUGAAGGAGACUUAGCGCGAUCGCUUCAGAUCCCAGCGCCAACACUGGAACUGGACUUCCGCAUGAGCAUCAAAAUGAACCCGAAGGUCUCCGUCGGCCCUGGAAUCUGGGGUCAGCGCGAAUGGGUUUCCUUCAUCGGUGGUCAGUGGGCCGGCCGGUGGGGCAAGGGAAUUGUCCUGCCCGGAGGUCAAGAUACCCAGCUUGUGACCAAGGACUCAACUACGAACCUACGCGCCAGUUACAUCCUUCAAACCGUCGACGAACAGCCUGCGUUUAUCAUUGUUCGCACGGAAGGCUGGCUGACCGGCGCGAAGGAUGUUCUUGAAAAGGUCAUCGAUUCCAACAUGGCGGACGGCGUCAACCCGGGCAGCUACAAGUACCGAAUGACCCUGUCCAUGGAAACUGGCGACGACCGGUACACCUUCUUGAACACACUGAUGUGGAUCGGCAGCGGGUGCCGCCGAGGACAUGAAGUGAUCUUCGACUCCUUCCGUGUCAAUUAA